GGAAGUUGAAAGAGCAGUGAAAACAGCAGCGUCCAGUCUUGUGUUCCUCAUUCUGUGUUUGUACGAGUCGCUUCAAUGAGAGUUACAAGCGCGCGCUCAUUUCACUCAGAGACUUUUCCUUUUAAAUGAGAGUUAACCACUAUUUCUGACAUUUGACAGGAAACAUGGGUUGUAAAAAAUCCAAGUUGGACGGUGACCGAAAUGGAGGUGUGCUUGAAGGGAACAAACAGCAGCCAAAUAAUCCGACUCCAGGCCUUUUGGCCUGGUCAGGUGUUCCAAAAUAUGGAAGAGAAGGACAAAAUAGCCAUUGCUUUGUAUCAAUAUGACGCCAUUCAUGCUGAUGAUCUGGGCUUUAAAAAAGGAGAGAAGUUAAAAAUUCUUGAAGAGCACGGAGAGUGGUGGAAGGCGAGGUCUUUGACCACAGGAAAGGAAGGAUAUAUUCCAUCAAACUAUGUUGCAGAAGCUGACACUAUGGAAACAGAAGCAUGGUUCUUCAAAGAUAUCACACGGAAGGAUGCAGAGAGGCAACUGCUGGCACCUGCUAACAAACCUGGGUCCUACCUCAUCCGGGAGAGUGAAACCUCAAAAGGAAGUUAUUCACUGUCAGUCAGAGACGUGGACGCUCAGAGGCAGGAUGUUGUUAAGCAUUAUAAAAUCAGAUCGCUGGAUAAUGGAGGCUACUACAUCUCUCCAAAAAUCACAUUCAGUGACAUCAGCAGCAUGAUAAAACAUUACCACAAACAGGCAGAUGGAUUGUGUCGAAAACUAGAGAAACCAUGUGAGAAGCCCAAAGCACAGAAACCUUGGGACAAAGAUGCAUGGGAAAUCUCUAAAGAAUCCAUAAAGAUGGUGAAGAAGCUCGGAGCAGGGCAGUUCGGAGAGGUGUGGAUGGGUGAGUUAAAGAUCUGGAAUUUGCCCCGAAGUCACAAACAUUCAUUUAGCCAUGGAGUGUUUCUCAAUCAGAAGUCCAUUACGUGUUCAGCUUUGCUAAACUACGCCAAAAGUAUUGCUCUCGCUCUCUUCUUUAUGGUCUUGUUAUUCAAAUUCUCUCCGUCUCUAAGAUCCCCCAAGCGCUUGAUCAAAAUCCCCGCUGUUUUAUGGGCUCUUCAGCGGGCUUAG